CUGUCAUGUAAUCAGCUGUGUCCAAUCACAGCUCAUCACAUGACACCGAUGAUCAGUGCCCUGAUGAUCAGUGUAGCUCAAUCAGUGCCACCUGUCAGUGCCCAUCAAUGCCACCUGUAAUUUCCCAUCAAUGCCACAUACCAAUGCCCAUCAGUGCACAUCAAUGCCACAUAUCAGUGCCCAUAAGAGCUGCUUUUCAGUGCCACCUAUCAGUGCUGCCAAUCAGUACCACCUAUCAGUGCAGCAAUCAGUGCUGCCUAUCAGUGCCAGUCAGUGCCACCUAUCAGUGCCCAUCAGUGCCCAUCAAUGAAGCCUCAUUAGCGCACAUUAGU